AUGAAAUUCCUGCGGGGGCUACAACUGUCGUUACUGGGGGGUGUUGUGGCCGCAGCGACCCAAAAUGAUGAUGCUCGCCAUCAACUACGGGCGCGAUCUGCCGAGCCAAAAUGUGCUGGCGCCGCAUCAACCUUUUCGUUGAGUGACCCGCCAUACGCAAAUUACUUCUACUCAGAUUGCAAUGUUGCCGCACAGGUGGUCGUCACCAGCCCGCUCCCAAACAGCAAUCUCACGCUCAUCGGGCCCCGACUGAUUGUGGCAUGGCCGGCGGGCGAUAGUGGCGUUUGCGCCUACUUUGCACCGCAGAAUGGGCCCAAUGGCACCUUGGCCCUCGAGAUGGUCAAUUCUACUGUCGGACAUCCACUGAGUCCGGUGUACUCGACAGGUGCCAAUGCUUCUGCACCGCCCAGCGUUGGUGUUCAGGGCGUACUUCGCUUCAACACUUCCGCUACCUUGGUCCUUCCCAUCCUGGGAAGCAUCCGCACCAUUCGCGAUUUUGUGGAGGGACCGAGUCUUCUUCGGCCCGAGAUCCAGGAUGCGAUCGAGUUCGGAUCAAACAGCGACGGUAGUGUGUCGCUGCAACGCACGUGGCUGGAUAAUGUGACCUCGACGACGCUGAGUUUCGCACCGUCUUCCAACAGCACAGGGAAGGGGAAAGUGACCAUCUCGAACCGCACUUUGCAGUUUGAGGCGGGGGACUACCUCGUCACCGCGUCCAUGAACUAUGCGCAACUCACUGCGCUCAAGCCGUCUAUGGUCUUGAAUAAUGCUUCCCGCAGUCUUGAGACCGCCAAUGCGGGCCAGGUGGCUGCAUUGUCGUUCCUGUCGUAUUCAGAGAAGCUACUCGCAGGUGCCUGGCGGUUCUUGACCUACUUUGGGCGUGACUCCAUGAUCUCUGCACUGCUGCUGGAACCAGUGCUCAGUUCAGGAAAUGGGAGCGCCAUGGAAGCGGUUAUUGGUGCGGUGCUCGAGCGAAUCAACCGCACGGAUGGCAGUGUCUGUCAUGAGGAAACGAUUGGCGAUUAUGCGACCUGGAUCAACUUGCAGAAUAAUAUUUCCAGCAACGCUAUGGUCUGCGACUAUAAAAUGAUUGAUUCGGACUACUUUCUUCCUGUCCUGAUGCAGAAAUACUUCGUCGAUAACCCUAUCGGUCGGAAGCGAGUCGCAUCCUUGCUGAGCACUCCCGCGGGAAAGAUCAACGCUCAGAAUCAAAACCUGACCUGGGGUGAGCUCGCACUGAUCAAUGCAGAGCGUAUCAUGCGCCUUGCCCGUCCAUUUGCCGAGAGGCCCAUCAAGGGUCACUUUAUCCAUCUCAAGGAUGGCCAGGUCGUGGGAGAGUGGCGAGACAGCGAAUUUGGCAUUGGCGGAGGACGUAUUCCUUACGAUGUCAAUACGGCCUUGGUGCCCGCAGCUCUUCGUGCAAUCGCCGUCCUCGCCCGCCAAGGUCUCUGGCCCAAGAAUAAGCAAUGGGCUCAGAUGGCCGAUCGAUAUGCUCAAAUCUGGGAAGACAAGUCCCUUGAUUUCUUCAAAGUAACCAUUCCUCAGUCCGAGGCCAAGGAUCUCGUCGCUUCCUACAAGGAGGAAUCCUCGUUUCCCGGGCCUGAUCAGGCGACCUCGAUCACCAACGACGUUGUGUUCCACGCCCUCGCCCUCGAUGGCAACAACAACCUCAGCAAGGUAGAGGUGAUGAACACAGACGACUGCUUCCGCCACUUUCUCCUCAACACCACGAAUGACGCCCAACUGACAUCCUUCCUCAAUCACUCCGCCACCAACAUCCGCCGCACUUUUCCCGCCGGGUUAAUGACUUCGGCCGGCAUGAUUGUCGCCAACCCUGCCUUCGGCGGCCACCCGGUCUACGCCCAGAAUUGGACAACCGGCGCGUACCACGGAACAGUCAUUUGGUCCUGGCAACUCGCCAUGAUGGCCAAGGGACUCGAGCUCCAAAUGGGUCGCUGCCAACUCACCGCCAACUUUUCUGUGCUACCCGACAAGCACCAGCGUCAACCCGAUCAUCAUCAGACACCCGGAAACAGCGUCGCGCCGAUUCCCGAGUUCUGCGGUGACGAUUCGGUCUGGGAAAAUGUCAAAGCUGCAUACAAUGAGCUGUGGGAUGUAAUUGAGCAGAAUCAAAGCCAACUCUCGGGGGAGGUUUGGUCGUGGGUAUAUCGCGAUGACGAUUUUCAAGUCACGCCUUUGGGCGUCUUGCCGCCACCAGGUGGUGGUUCUCAGACUGGUAAGUCCUUGAUUCUCCCCCCCUCCCUCCCCGUCUUACUUUUGUUUUCUCCCCCCUUUAUGAUAUCUUUCGGUUUGGCUCUUCCUGACUCGGUUGGUAGAAUCUGA